AGCCCAUUCUGCUCCUGCCUACCUCGUCUAUCUGUGGAGGGCUGGGGUCUCCUCAGUCCCUGCUCUCAAGAAGGUUUUGGAGGUACUGAACUGCGUGGCUUUGCAGGGUGGUGGAAUGGAAUCCCUCUUCCCUGCUCCAUUCUGGGAGGUCUUCUAUGACAGCCACCUUCAGGGCAACUUGUCCCUCCAGACCGCCAACCACAGUGAGCUGCCCCCUGACUUGCUGCUCAAUGUCAGCCACAGCCCCUUUCUGCCCCUUGGUCUCAAGGUCACCAUCGUGGGGCUGUACCUGGCUGUGUGCAUCGGAGGGUUGCUGGGGAACUGCCUCGUCAUGUACGUCAUUCUCAGGCACACCAAGAUGAAGACAGCAACCAACAUUUAUAUCUUUAACCUGGCCCUGGCUGACACUCUGGUCUUGCUGACGCUGCCAUUCCAGGGCACUGACAUCUUGCUGGGGUUCUGGCCAUUCGGGAAUGCCCUGUGCAAGACAGUCAUUGCUAUCGACUACUAUAACAUGUUCACCAGCACCUUCACGCUGACUGCCAUGAGUGUGGACCGGUAUGUGGCCAUCUGCCAUCCCAUCCGUGCCCUGGAUGUCCGGACCUCCAGCAAAGCCCAGGCUGUCAACGUGGCCAUCUGGGCUCUGGCUUCUGUGGUUGGUGUUCCUGUUGCCAUCAUGGGCUCAGCACAGGUGGAGGAGGAAGAGAUCGAGUGUCUGGUGGAGAUUCCUGCUCCCCAGGACUACUGGGGCCCUGUAUUUGCUGUCUGCAUCUUCCUCUUCUCCUUCAUCAUCCCUGUGCUGAUAAUCUCUGUCUGCUAUAGCCUCAUGAUCCGGCGGCUUCACGGCGUCCGUUUGCUCUCAGGCUCUCGGGAGAAGGACCGGAACCUGCGGCGCAUCACACGGCUGGUGCUGGUGGUAGUGGCUGUGUUUGUGGGCUGCUGGACACCCGUACAGGUCUUUGUGUUGGUCCAAGGCCUGGGUGUUCAGCCUGGAAGUGAGGCUGCUGUGGCCAUUCUGCGCUUCUGCACAGCCCUGGGUUAUGUCAACAGCUGUCUCAACCCCAUCCUCUAUGCCUUCCUGGAUGAGAACUUCAAGGCCUGCUUCCGCAAGUUCUGCUGUGCAUCUGCCUUGCACCGGGAGAUGCAGGUGUCUGAUCGUGUACGCAGCAUUGCCAGGGAUGUGGGCCUUGCCUGCAAGAUCUCAGAGACAGUACCACGGCCAGCAUGACUAGGCGUGGAUCUGCCCAUGGGGCCUGUCAGCCCACAGAGCCCAUCCACACCCAACACGGAACUC